CCGCGCCCCGCAGCGGGCAGGGCUCCAGCCAAUCGCGGCUCGCGGUUCGGCUCCUGGGCGGAGCCGGGUGGGCCGGAGGCCAAACCAAGAGGCCCUGGGGAGGUGAGCGAGGCUCGUACCCAGCACUGUUGGGUUGUAAAAGCUACGGACGUUCCACGACUUGGUCAUUGCGAACCUGGCAGCUGAGGGCAUCAUGGUAGGAGGCUUGAAGAGAAAACACUCAGAUUUGGAGGAGGAAGAGGAGGAUGAGAAGUGGGACUGGGGUCCAGCAGGCCUGCGGAGCUACCAGCAAGCCCUGCUUCAAAUCUCCUUAGACAAAGUCCAGCGGAGUCUGGGCCCCCGAGCACCCAGCCUACGCAGGCAUGUCCUCAUCCACAAUACCCUCCAGCAGCUUCAGGCCGCCCUUUGCCUGGCUCCAGCACCUGCCCUACCCCCUGAGCCCCUCUUCCCGGGCGAGGAGGACUUCUCCCUGUCCGCCACCAUCGGCUCUAUUCUCAGGGAACUGGAGACCUCCAUGGACGACACGGAGUCCCCUCAGAAUCCAGUAGCUCCCCCGGGCCCCCAGAACGAAGUGCUGCCCCAGCCUGAUCCAGUCUUCUUGGAAGCUCUGAGCUCCCGGUAUCUGGGGGACUCUGGUCUGGAUGACUUCUUUCUGGACAUUGACACAUCUGCAGUGGAGAAGGAGCCUGCACUGGCCCCACCGGAGCCUCCUCACAACCUCUUCUGUGCCCCAGGGUCCUGGGAGUGUAAUGAACUUGAUCACAUUAUGGAAAUCAUUCUGGGAUCCUAAAACUUCCAGGGGCUGUUUCUCAUCUCUGCCUCAGUGGGCAGGAUCCCUGGAUGCAACUGUGUGUGUGUGUGUGUGUGUGUGUGUGUGUG